AACCCAUUUCAAAGAAGAGAUCUCUACAAACUACAAUUGUGGACAGUUUCUUGCCUGUACUGGGACCAGAACAUAAGAUUAUUGCAGUCUACUUUUUGGACCCAAAACCUCUCCCCCUUUCCCCUGCACUCUGAUAAAAGCUUCAAAGACAUUGCCUAACAUCAGCAGUGGCCUGAGUAUGUUCAGCAGAAGAGGCUCUCCCCCAGAAGAUGAGAUCAGAUAUGAUAGACAGCAACAACACUAAAUCUAGUGCCCCUCUCCUGGAUCAAAGGCACUUGAGGAUGGUGACUAAAGAUGGACACAGCACACUACAGAUCGAUGGCACCCAAAGGAAAGGUCUGGCAUACCUACGAGAUGCUUGGGGAAUACUAAUGGACAUGCGCUGGCGAUGGAUGAUGCUAGUCUUUGCUGCUUCUUUUGUCAUCCACUGGCUAGUCUUUGCAGUGCUCUGGUACCUACUGGCUGAGAUGAAUGGGGACCUGGAGUUGGAUCAUGAUGCCCCACCUGACAACCACACCAUUUGUGUUAAGUACGUCACCAGCUUUACAGCUGCUUUCUCCUUCUCCCUGGAGACACAGCUCACUAUUGGUUAUGGCACCAUGUUCCCAAGUGGGGACUGUCCUAGUGCUAUCGCCCUGCUUGCCAUACAGAUGGUCCUGGGGCUCAUGUUGGAGGCCUUCAUCACAGGUGCUUUUGUGGCAAAGAUUGCCCGUCCAAAGAAUCGCGCAUUCUCCAUCCGCUUUACUCAUUCUGCAGUAGUGGCGCACACAGAGGGCAAGCCAUACCUUAUGUUCCAGGUGGCCAACACUCGUCCCAGCCCACUCACCAGCGUUCGGGUUUCAGCUAUUCUUUACCAAGAACAGGAGAAUGGUCAGCUGCAUCAAACUAGUGUGGAUUUCCACCUGGACAGUAUCACGUUUGAGGAGUGUCCAUUCUUUAUCUUUCCACUGACCUACUACCACUCCAUUACCCCAUCUAGUCCUGUAGGUGUUCUCCUCCAAGGGGAUACCCCUCGCCAUUUUGAGCUAGUAGUCUUCCUCUCAGCAAUGCAGGAGGGCACAGGGGAAACAUGUCAGAGGAGGACAUCCUACCUCCCAUCUGAGAUCAUUCUACACCAUCGCUUUGCUUCCAUGCUGGCCCGAGGUGCCAAAGGGGAAUAUCAGAUCAAGAUGGAGAAUUUUGACAAGACUAUUCCUGAGCUCCCAGCUGCAGCAGACUCUAAGAGUCCAAAGAGGACUGACAUGAAGAUUCGCAUCAAUGGACAGCACACUGACAGCUUCCAGAUUUCCGAGACUGGUCUGAUAGAAUAGAAUUUGGAUGUGGUGCCAUUUUUUUUUAAAAAAAUUUUACAUUAAACUUUCAGGUUAAACUUCCAGCCUUCCUUUUCCCCCUAUUUUCUUUCCCCUUUUCUCCAUCCUUUUGAUUGCAGUAUAGUGUGCAGAAUAUAAAGUGCACAUGUAAACUGAUGAGAGGCUGUUUUGACUGCACAGAAUAGAAAGUCUGGGACAAGUACCACAGUACAAGUUCUGCAAAAGUACUAGUGCUACCUGCUGAAUUCACUAGACUAUGAUUAAAACUACACUGACCCUGAAGUAUGAGACUUUCAGACUCCCACAGUUGACCAAAACCUAAUUAAAUGGUAUGUGGGUAGAACACUAUGGCAAAAUGGGCAGCAACAGUACAAUAGAAGACCUCAUCUAAAACUAACCCGAGGUUAAAUUACACUAGUUUGGGGGAUCAGCAAUGAUGUAGUUCCAAGACCGUUAUAACCCUUUUACAUUAACACUUUCUGGGUACAUGGUUACAUCAAUUUUCGGAUGGCUGAACAUCCUACUAAAAUCAUUGCCAGUCUUUUCAGUGGCAGUGAAAUGCAUUCCAGAUGUGCUUGUUUAUUACACGAAAUCAAGAGUACUGACUGCAGUUCUUCAUUCCACCAGGUUGGAAGGGGGUACAAUAUCUCUGUGACAGGUCUGUGAAGAUGGCAAGUGCCAAAAAUCCUGAAGUGUAUAUAUGACACAAACAUGCUACAGUGGAGAUAUUUUCAUACUUGGAAACAUUUAAUAAAUUAUUUCAGCAGUAGAAAACAGACUGUUAUACAGCAACUCAUAUUCUUUCAUGUCUCUUGGCACAGUGAAAUUUCAUGUGUUCUCAGCUUUGCAAUCUUACACUUCGAGUAGUUCUGGCACCACAGGAUGCACUAUAUCUACCAAGAACUGCAUCCAUUUAUAUUUUACACUUUUUAAUAUAAACAUCUAUAUCUGUACGCACAGCAUAUAGAUAAAUCAUAUCUACAAAAUCAGACACAUUUGAAUUAAUUUUAAAAUAAAAAAAUUGAAACAAGUGCUUUAUACAUGGGACUUUUUUGCCAGGAGUGCCUCGUAAGAAUACCAAGAACAAGGAACCGUGCUCCUAUAUGCAACAAUUUCUAAUAUGAUAAAAUGGGCUAACAGUUAAGUGGACUGUCUCCUGUUAAGUCACAACUUCUCAGCAAUGGAAUGCAGCUUUAAAAUGGCUAUUCUGUAUUCAGAUUGAAACAGCCAACAGUUACCAUCAAAAUAAAUGUUGCCAUUCAAGGAUAAUUAAAAGAGACUUUUCCCUGCAACAAAUGUGGCAUAACCACUACUAGCCAGUUUAGAUAAAACUAUGUUUAUAUACUGGAGCUGAUUUUAUUGUAAAGUGACUAACAGCAGGAUAUAUAGUCUGAAGCCAUAUUAGGAGGGCACUGUCUAUUGGAGGUCUUUUUUUCAAACCCAGAAGUACAGAGGUUGUCAAGCUCUGGUCACAGAGAACCUGGUAGGACAGCUGUUUUGUCAUAAGGUGCCAGCUGCACCUCAUUUCCAGAAGGUAAUAUCUAUUAAAAAGACAGCUAAAGAGAUAUUAAAAUAUUAUUACUUUUCCAUGUUAACUACUGUUGUAGUUGUCACAGGAACGUGUUAUAUACACCACAGG